AGGGAGAUCCACUCACCAACAAAGGUUGGGUAAUGCUUGCAGCAGUAUUGGCAGCACAGAAGUCUGUUUCAGCCCUGGUGGAAAACAUAUCUGCUACCUCUCUGGCUGAGACAGAGUUGCAGUCUUGAACAGGAACUCCGGGUAAGCUAGGCUUGCUGCACGAGUAGUCAUGUGGGGCUUCCUGUCUUCUCCAGGGCAGCAGCAUCGUGCAGGGACUCCCAGCUAUCUCUGUGGACUUUGAGAUUCACAGUCAUCCCUCCAUGGCUCCUUACCACAUCCGCAAAUACCACGUCGGAGACCACAAGCAGGUGCUGACACUGUUUGCCCAGGGAAUGGAGGAGCACAUCCCUGCUACAUUCCACCACCUGUUGAAGCUACCCCGAGCCCUCCUGCUCUUGGCUGGAGGGCCCCUCAUUCUCCUGCUGGUCUCUGGCUCCUGGCUCCUGGCCCUGAUGGCAAGCCUCAUUCUCCUUGCAGGGUUGAAGUUCGUUGCCACAGUUCCCUGGAAGCAGUACAUUGCCAUGAGUUUGCAGACAGACAUGGCCGACAUCAUGAAAACCUACCUGAGUGGCAGAGGCUCCUGCUUCUGGGUGGCUGAGUCUGAGGGGCAAGUGGUGGGCACAGUGGGAGCUCUGCCUGUGGAGGAUCCCACCUUGCGGGAGAAGCAGCUGCAACUUUUUCACCUGUCUGUGGGCAUGGAGCACCGGGGUCAGGGCAUAGCAAAGUCCCUAGUCAGGACGGUCAUCCAGUUUGCCCAGGACCAGGGCUACAGUGAGGUAGUCCUGGAGACCAGUGUAGUGCAGUCAGCUGCCCUGAACCUCUACCAGGCCAUGGGCUUCCAGGUUAAACGCAAGUUCAACUACAAUAUAAGUAGUAGGCUAGUUGGGGUUUAUACUUUUCGUUUGGUCUUCCCUCUGGCUUCUGCUGACGUAAGGAACUUCUGACCUAUGACCUGUGCAUGAGUCAGGAGAAGAUCCACU